AUGGCGAUUCCUGUGAUCGAUUUCUCCAAGAUCAAUGGUGAAGAAAGGGAGAAGACACUCUCUGAAAUCGCUACAGCUUGCGAAGAAUGGGGAUUUUUUCAGCUGAUGAACCAUGGGAUCCCAUUAGAGCUUCUGAACAAGGUGAAGAAGCUGAGCUCAGAGUGGUACAAAACAGAGAGAGAAGAAGCAUUUAAGACCUCAUCAACACCCGUGAAGCUUCUCAACGAAUUGCUUCAGAAAAACUCUGAAGCAAAACUCGAGAACGUUGACUGGGAAGACGUCUUCACUUUCGUAAACAAUAACCAAAACGAAUGGCCAUCCACUCUCAAAGAGGCGAUGAUAGAAUACAGAGAAGAAGUGAGGAAGCUAGCGAGCAAGAUGAUGGAAGUGAUGGAUGAGAAUUUGGGUUUGGCUAAAGGUUACAUAAAGAAAGCAUUCAACGAAGGAAUGGAAGAUGGAGAAGAGACGGCUUUCUUCGGUACGAAAGUUAGCCAUUACCCACCUUGUCCUCAUCCAGAGCUCGUCAAUGGCCUUAGAGCUCAUACUGAUGCUGGAGGUGUCGUUUUGCUCUUCCAAGACGACGAGUACGAUGGCCUUCAAGUGUUGAAAGACGGCGAGUGGAUCGAUGUUCAGCCGCUGCCUAACGCCAUUGUUAUCAACACUGGUGACCAGAUUGAAGUUCUCAGCAACGGAAGGUACAAGAGUGCGUGGCACAGGGUGUUGGCGAGGGAGGAAGGAAACCGGAGGUCAAUAGCUUCCUUCUACAACCCGUCGUACAAGGCGGCGAUCGGGCCAGCGGCGGAGGAAGGAGGAAGUGAGAAGAAGUAUCCAAAGUUUGUGUUUGGAGAUUACAUGGAUGUCUAUGCAAACCAGAAGUUCAUGCCUAAGGAGCCUCGUUUCCUUGCUGUAAAAUCUCUCUAA